UACUCGAUAGUGACAUCGCGGUCGCCGGUGUUGCAGAAAAUCAACGUCGAGUUGAGUCGGUUAGCGGAUCAGCAGUUGUUAACCAAUAAAUGGAUUUUGUUUGAAAAGGCCAUCGAAGCCACCGCUACCACCAAACAGAUCAACACUAAACUACAUCCAGAGUACGACCACUUUGCCUGUUUUGUCGUUUUCAUCGCUGCCUAUCGGAUAUGUUUGGUGCAGAUCUAUGGCUACAAACAACUCAUAAAACAGAUCCAAUGUCUGCGAUCCAUUACAUACGACCCCCAGAGCACAGCCCACCAGCAA